CAUUAUGUAUUAUUAUUUGAACUUCUAACUUUUUGUAGAUUCUUGAGACAUCCCCCAAAGAUGCUGUUGAACCCAUUUUACUUAAUUUGUCUGUUCGGCUUCGCAAUCUACAGAUAUCCAUGAAUGUAAAGAUGCGGGCUGAUGCCUUUGCAGCAUUUGGAGCACUUAGCAACUAUGGAAUUGGGGCACAUAAAGAUGCUUUUCUUGAGCAGAUUCAUGCUACACUCCCACGCUUGAUCCUCCACCUACAUGAUGAUGACCUUGCUGUUAGAUAUGCCUGCCGUAACACCCUGAAGCGGUUUGCCCCUUUAAUGGAGAUAGAAGGGUUGCUGGCUUUAUUCGAUUCACAUAGGAUUAACUCUGACCAUCGAAGUGCUUACGAGGACUUUGUAAGAGAUUUUACAAGGCAGUUUGUGCAGCAUCUUUCUUCCAGAGUUGAUACUUUCAUGGCAUCAACCAUACAGGCUUUGAAUGCGCCAUGGCCAAUAAUCCAAGCAAAUGCUAUUUAUGUUUCCAGCAGCAUACUCUCGCUUUCGGAUGAUCCGAACAUUUUGGCUCUUUACCAUGCACAGGUGUUUGGAAUGUUGGUUGGCAAGAUGAGUCGGUCGGCGGAUGCGGUGGUUAGAGCUAGAAGCUCUUUAGCUUUCAGUUUAUUACUAAAAUCAACUAAUUUGAUUUCCUGGAGAGCAGCUCGACUUGAUCAAGCUGACUCUGCCAGAAAGGGAUCAUAAUUGUGUCCAUGCUCUUACAAGGAAGAGUUGUCAAGUCAGUUCACUGUAUCAGUAUGAUGUACUUUGAGCCAUGCCUAAGCAAGUUGGUAUGGUCAGUGUUGAAGGGUUCCUAAGAGGUCAACUGAUUUGCUGAUAUGUGGAGUGGGGUUUCGAGUGAAAUGUUGUAAUUUAAGUUAGGUUCAGUCAUGGUUUUAAUGUUGUGAGGUUUGUAAAAUUAGAUGUAAUUGUAAAUGUUUUUGUAACAUUAAUAAUCCUAGAAUUUGCAUUUUACGUUGGGUGGUUGAAACUCCAACGAUGCGUUUUGACGAAAGAGACUUUUUAAAAUUGCUUUGUUUGGUAAAACAAUUUUUCGAAUUAUAAAAUAAUAAAAAUGGGGAUGAGAGAAGUUGGGAGGGCCGAAA